AUGAGUCUCCAUGGCAAAACAAAAGCGCAGCACCCUCCAGCAUCCGGGGAAGAUGGAAGCAAAGCCAAAAUUAAAGGUCAAGAAGAAGAAGAAGAGGGGAGAGAGAGGAAACUGAAAUUGAAAUUGGGGGAAUAUUUGGAAAAAAAAAGGGCCCUUUCAGUGGCGGCCAUCAAGCUACCAGAAGAUAAAAAAAAAACAAUUGAAGAUGAAGCUGGAGAGAGCCAUAUUAAGCAGAGUUGCACAGCACCAGGCAUCUCUCCUCUUGUUGUUGUUGCUAUUGCUGCUGCUACUGCUCUUGCUUCUUCCCUGGCCUGUCUUCGGUGCUGGCUCUCCCUAUCCGUCCCGGGACGCGGACACAUGCCGUCUGGACGGAGGGAGAAAAGCACGGGAGAAACAGACGAAGAAGGACAAGACGGUUCUAGUGUUCGCGUAGAACUCGAUCUCGCAGCCUGUCAGAUUGCUGCAGUCCUUCGCGGAUGGCUUUUUCUGUGCAUUCCUUUUUUUUUGCCUUGCUCGAUGGCUCAUGGGCUGGCUGGCCUGCAGGACAAAGCCGAUCGCCAGCCACUAUUCGAUGGAAAAGGGCUCUUCUGGCCGGUGAUUGGCGAAGGAAGCGGAAUCAGAAACAGACGCACGCCCUCGUUGCAGGCAGAUACUCCAAUAGAGUCGCCGGCUGAGGGGUGA